UUGCACUGCACGAGCUUCGGUGGAGCGGCAUCCACCGCAUGCUCAAGCGGUACAAACAGCUCCAGCCGUACUUGUUCUUGUUUGAGCGAGACUGCGAAGUUGAUAGGUGCAUCCCCGAAGAUGCCCCCGAAGACGACACGCGACGGUUCCCCAUUGUACAGUACCUGCCCAGCCCAGCUGAACACUGCACCAUUUUGGAUCUCCUAGACGACAUGGAUUUGUCGGAGUUGGUUACGAAACGAUUGCAGGCACGUAACCUGACGCUCGUUGCAGAGCGAGACAUUCUGGACGAGACGUUGGUCGACUUCCUCGAGCUGGCAGACCGCCGCAAAGCCGACGCCGACAUCGUGGAGUCUCCUGCGUUCGAGAUCGCCGUGGUCAAGAUCAUGCAAGGUCGCGACCAAGAUCUAAUCGCAGAAGAAGCCGUCGCUGUUGUCCGGCUACAGCGCUUCCCAGAAGAAGAAACCAACACCCCUGCGCGUGUAUCUACCUCGAAGCGCAUGCGAAACAGAAACGUACCCGGGCGCACGUCAGCAGCGAAGAAGAAGCGCAGCUAAACACCGACGAGUCGUGCAUCAAGGCCCCGAAGUCCUCGCGAUGUAACGACCCC